AAUUGAGCACUUGUUGCUAAAUCUCUGUUCUUUGAGGACUGAGUGUGUUUUAAGGUAGGGAGACCAACUUCAAUCUAAUCCCCUUUUUAUCAAUACAAGGUAUUGGCACACUCCCUUCUUUCAUCAUCAAACAGGCUCCAAUCAUUAUUUUGACAUUUCCCCCAUUUUUUACCCCUCUCUGCUAUCGGGAUGUACAGCUGAGUUUUGAAUUACCGUUUCUCUGUGAUACUGCUUGCUGAUCACCAGCAUCCUGGAAGGGGCCCUGUACAAGAUAAGAGGCAGAGGGAAGCCGUGGAUGUACAAAUGGAUUUCAAAACAUCGUCUGCACCAAACUCCCAAAGAUGUUGUGAGUAGCUUGUUAAGCCGCCAAAAAUAAACAGAGAUGAAAUGGGAGUUUUGACCAUGGAGACCAUAUCUUUUGAUUCUUCUACCACCGUGAACACCGCUGUCACCGCCAAUUCCACCACCAAUGUGAAUUCCACGGCCAGGCGGUUUUUCGCGGCCAAGAGAUCAGCCUCGCAUCACUUGGACUUUCAUGGAACAGACUUGCACAUGUUGCAGCAGGCGGGAUGGAUGGGGCGGAUGCACAGAGGCCUUUAUCGUGGGACUCAAUAUAGACACAGUACUGGGGACUUAGCCUCCAUUCAAGUCAGCUGGCCCGUCAAAUUCCACGAGAUUCAUGGCGACAAUGUGAUCCUUCUCAACGACAACACGCUGGCCAAGCGGGGAGACAGUUUCUGCAAAGCCAUCUGCUUCAGCAGCCGUCCAAUCGCCAUCAAUGAAAAAGUCUACAUCCGCUUCGCUGAGACUUCCAGUAGCUGGAGCGGGGUUUUACGGUUUGGAUUUACAAACAUUGACCCAGGGUCGGUGAGGGGUUCCGAUCUACCCCGAUAUGCGUGCCCCGACAUGACAAACAAACAAGGCUGCUGGGCCAAGGCUUUGGGGGAGCGAUAUGCGGCCUUUAAUAACAUUCUUCAUUUCUACGUCACCCGUAAUGGCGACGUUAUGUAUGGCAUUAAUGGAGAGGAUGUGGGACUGUUUUUCACCGGUGUAUCCACGUUAUCCCCACUAUGGACUCUUCUGGAUAUUUAUGGCAAUACCAUUGGCAUUGAGUUUGUUAAUCCGGAGAGGUUGAACAAUUCUGGGCCCCUGGGAUCCCUUGGGGCAUUGAACAAUGUCUUGCCCCCUCCCAUACCUCAGAGGGAAUCCCUGCCCUCGGGACCCCGGACACAGUUCCCGUCCUCUAGUCUUGUGAACCUUCACAGUGAAACCACGGUCCUAGCUCCUGCGGCGCCUUCAAUUCCAAUCCGCUACUACUCGAACGUGAACUUCAGGCCUAUGAGUUGGCAUGAACUCUCUGGAAAAAAUAUACGAGUAGUGGAUGCGAACAGAACAAUUGCGGUGAGAGCCGAUGAGGAAUAUUGUAACGCUUAUGUGUUUUCGUCCCGUCCGCUGAAAUGUGGUGAAAAAAUUGUGAUACAAGUGUUGGGAAUCGAGCGGUCGUUUAUUGGAGGACUUGCAGUGGGAUUUACAGCCUGUGAUCCAAGGGAGGUAACAAGGGAGGAUUUGCCAGAUGAUUCGGAUAUGUUACUGGAUCGCAAGGAGUACUGGGUGGUCAACAAAGAUGUCUGUAGAACGCCAGAAAUCGGAGAUGAAUUGUGCUUUCAUUUGACUCUUAAUGGUGAAGUUCGCUACUCUAAGAAUAACACCAAAGUGGCAACCCUGAUGCAUGUGGACAAGACUCUUCCUCUGUGGUUGUUUUUUGAUGUCUAUGGAAACAUUCAGAAGAUCCGGAGUAUCGGUGUAACAACACAUGUUCCUCCUAUCCCUCCACGACCCAGGUCCACACCAUUCAUGACCCAAACAAGCAUGCCACAGCUGACCGUGACCCUACCCCCCAGAGACCCCAACACGGCACAGGUGGCCCUUGGUGGCCCUGCUCCGGCAUCAUCUAGUUCCAUCAUUCAUUCAUCAGGGCAUCCCAACUACAGUAUGAUGCGGAGUUACAGUGUUCCGACAGGAGUCACAUCGACGGAACCGAUGUCGCCGCAACAAAAAACCGGAUAUAUCAAAUCUCUUCCCACGUCGCCUGAGACUACCAUGGACUCGUGUUCUGAGACGGAAGCUAGCGAGUGCACAGUGUGCUAUGAACGUGCUGUGAAUGCUGUGCUGUACACCUGUGGACACAUGUGCAUGUGCUUUGAAUGUGCAAUAGUUGUGAAAAACCAUAAAAGUGCUCUCUGUCCUAUAUGUAGACAAGAAAUUAAAGACGUUAUCAAAAUAUACAAAACAUGAAGGAGGUGUUAAAAUGUUUAAGUAUGUAAUCAUGUUAUUACCAUACUGUAAACAUACUACAUUUGGCUGUGUAUUCUAUUUAGUGUUUUUGGCGGAAUGCGGCUUCCGCUAAAGCAAGUACAACAUUAAAUGCCAUGCAUAAAUGUAUAAGAAUGGUCGCAUUCAGGACUACGCUAAUUCAAAUCCAGGCCAACUUGUUCAAAAACUAAUUUUCGCCAAAUAUUGUACACGCCAAAUAUAUUACGUUUACAGUAUUUUCUUUCAUUGUACAAAUGUUCAGUUGUUUUUUAAACUAUGACUGGUGCUUUUUACAAUAGUGGAUUACACCAACAAAAAAUUGGAUAUUAGUGCUAAAUUUAAAGGGCAUAUGGAGUCUAUUUUAUUCUCAAUUUGGCAGUGCAAUAGAAGAGUAAGAUUUAUAAAUGAAAACAAUAUCCAUAUUUUGUUAGCUGAGAGUUUAUGCUAGGAUGUUUCAUGUAUAAUAGCAGCACUGAUUUGUUUUACAUUAAUUAAUGCUUUUUAAAUGAUUUUUAUAUGUGUACAUUAACCCAAACACAGAGUACAGAAAAAGAGAAAUGAGAACGAUUUUUAUAUCAAUCAUAUGUUUAUAAUAUUGGUUGUAUACUUAUUAGUUGUUAUUAUUUGUAACAAUAUUUUGAUAACAAUUUUUCUUUGCAAACACAUCUGAUCAUUAUUGAACUUCCUUUGAUGGGAGAACAGUAUAAUUUCAAAUCAUAAUGAAAACAUGAUUCAAUUUUAUUGUCAUAGCUAUUUCAGCUUGAUUUUGUAAAAAAGAAGAAAAAGUAUUUAAUAAUGUAACUGUUAAAGUCAGUUAUAAAAUGGUGAACGAAUUGACAAAAGAUAGCAUGCCUCUUGUAGACAUCACCACAUUAUCCAUCUGCUCAACUUGUUGAUUUUAGAUUGCUAUUGAUGAAUUACGUAAGUGUUAAAGCGUGCUCUUUGAUUCAUCCCCAUAUUGCCUACACUUUAUAUUCUUGCUUUGAACAAUGUCUAAAAUCUCUGCAUAUCUCAGGUAAACAUUUCUCUUCUGGAAAGAUAUUACACAGAUAAACUCUAUUCUGAUACAUCAAAAUGGCAGAAUCUGCUUAAGUUGAAAGAAAAAAAUCAAAUCUGUGUGAAAACCAUUAAAAUAAAUGUAACCAUUUUCUUCUGACUAUAUCUGUAGAGAGGUAUUGAGAAGUUGUCCCCCAUUGUGCUCUUGUCUGUGAUAUUUACCCUCCACAUGUUCAUGUUCUUUGGGGGGUUGCUUGUGGGUUUGUGGGUUUGUGGGGGAGGGGUUGAGGGGGUGGGGGGAGUACCCAGGCCUAGGGACCUUUAGCUCAGCUGAUCAAGUUCUGAAAGAGGUCUGUUUCAAUCAUCGUAAUAGUUCAUCUUACCAAGCAAAGUCAUCAGACCACUAUACCAUCGGGAGCAGAGUGGAGCAAAAACUGUUGACUUUUGAAGAUAAUAUAGUUAUACAGUUUGACUCAUUUGUUUCCAGUGGGAACUCCUUGGAUAUCUUUCACACUCCAAAAAAAUAAUAGUAAUUGUUGCUUGUGUGAGACAUUGGAGGAGGUCUGAUUGCAUUAGUUGCUGAGCAACCAUUAGUUGCUAAGCAAAAAAUUUUAAUUUUGUUAAAGACCUCUCAUCAGAGUGUUGAUUUUUGUCUUAUAUUUAUUGGACAGGUGUGAGUAAGUGAGUUCAUGUAUUAUUUUGUUAGAAAAAUAGAUUUUUCUAGACAUUCUUUCAUCCAAUGUCAACUGAUAGAUCAUGGGUUUAUAUUGUUGUAUUUUAGUUUCUUAAACAAAUUACACUUUGUAAACAUCAAUGCUAACAUGCAUAUUGGUGAUGUACUUGUGCAGCAGAUUAAUUUUUAACAGAUUUGUUCAAUUUGUACAUAUACAUAGACCUUAACUUAUCACCAAACAGAAAAUAUUUCCCCCUUUUUCUAUUGUUAAAUGUGUGUGAUAUCAUAUUGAUGUAUAUUUUGAGGAUUGUGUUCAGUUUGUGAUUAGAAACAUAUAAUUUAAAUCAAUAUUUUUAUUCUUCUGAAAAAAAAAUCAGUGAGAUCAUGGUUUUAUUUUCUUCAUACCUUCAUUUUGUAUUUUGUUGCCAUAGAAACAUGUAAAUAUUUAUAGAGUGCUGUUCUCCACUUGAAUCGUCAGUAAAUCCAAGGUAGUGGUUUCACUUGACCUGAUGUACCAAAAUAAACAUGGUUAAUAAUGAAA